CACACACAUCUCCGCACAAUGCUACCAGCAUCCAGCCUUCCGCCGUGUGGGAAUCAUCGCUCCUAAAAAAGACACUAAAAACACUGUGCUAUUUUUUUUCCUUUUCUUUGCGGGCUUUGUUUUUUCUACCUUCCUCCUCCCCCGGUGAAUGCGGUGCAAAGGCAGCGGAGACCUCCGAAUCACGCAAUGUUGGGAUGGACGGCGCACACUAUUUUGACUCGCCCUCUCCAAGCGGACUAUGAGGUCCCCGCUCCGAGCGAAACUUUGUCGGAUUCCGCCGUCGUCGUCGUCGCCGUCUUUCGGGGAGACACACUCGAGAAGUGGGAAUCGCUGAGCAGCGCGCCGUCCCCGCAAGAUGGCCUCGGCUGCUAGUGCGCCCCCCGAGCCGGGGACAGGAGAGCCCGGCCGGCCGAGGCUAACGCGGAGGACCCGGAGGAGCUCCAGCCGCGACCCGCCGCCGCCGCCUCCGCCGCUGCCGCCGGAUUUGGACUACCUGCAGCGGCCGAGCUACUGCGACGCGGGCUUCGCUUUGGAGCAGAUCUCCCAGGGGAAGGCGACCGGGAGGAAAGCGCCGCUAUGGCUGAGAGCAAAGUUCCAGAGACUUUUAUUCAGGCUGGGCUGUUACAUACAAAAGAACUGUGGAAAGUUUUUAGUGGUGGGCCUCAUGAUUUUCGGCGCUUUCGCGGUGGGCCUACGAGCGGCUAAUUUGGAGACGGAUGUGGAGAAACUAUGGGUAGAAGUGGGCGGGCGUGUGAACCAGGAACUGAAGUACACGCGGCAGAAGAUCGGCGAAGAGGCCAUGUUCAACCCUCAGCUCAUGAUUCAGACGCCGCGGGACGAGGGAGCCAGCAUUUUGACGGUGGAGGCACUGUUGCAGCACCUGGAGUCAGCCAUACGAGCCAGCAGAGUUCAUGUCUACCUUUAUCACCGGCAAUGGAAAUUAGAACACUUAUGCUACAAAUCAGGAGAACUAGUCACGGAAACCCAUUUUAUGGAUCAGAUCAUAGAAAAGCUUCACCCUUGUCUCAUCAUCACACCUCUAGACUGUUUCUGGGAAGGAGCCAAGCUUCAUUCUGGAAUGGUCUAUCUUCCUGGUAAAGACCCUCUGCAGUGGACCAACUUCGACCCCAAGGAGUUCCUUGACGACUUACGACGGGACCACUUCCCUGUAGACGGCUUUGAAGAGAUGUUGGCAAAAGCCGACGUUGGACACGGCUACAUGGAUCGUCCCUGUCUGAAACCCUCCGACCCCGACUGCCCCCUCACUGCACCCAACAAGAACUCCACCAAGCCGUUAGAUGUGGCGUGGGCCCUGAACGGCGGCUGCUAUGGGCUAUCCAGAAAGUACAUGCACUGGCAGGAGGAACUGAUUGUAGGCGGGACCACCAAGAACGGCAGCGGACCCCUGCUCAGCGCCCAGGCCUUACAGACCAUGUUCCAGCUGAUGACGCCCAAGCAGAUGUUUGAGCACUUUCGGGGCUACGAGGAGGUUUCCCACAUCAACUGGAAUGAGGAGAAGGCUGCAGCCAUUCUGGAAGCGUGGCAGAGGAGAUAUUCAGAGGUUGUGUUGAAUAGCGUGGCAGCCAACUCAUCCCAGAAGGUCUUGUCUUUCACUACCACCACUCUAGAGGACAUUCUCAAGUCUUUCUCGGACAUCAGCGUCAUUCGUGUGGCCAGCGGUUACUUACUGAUGCUGGCCUAUGCGUGUCUGACCAUGCUGCGGUGGGACUGUGCCAAAUCUCAGGGGGCUGUAGGGUUGGCGGGCGUCCUGCUGGUGACGCUGUCAGUGGCGGCAGGUUUGGGACUCUGCUCUCUCUUGGGCAUUUCCUUCAAUGCGGCCACCACACAGGUGCUGCCAUUUUUGGCUCUGGGUGUCGGUGUGGAUGACGUCUUUCUCCUUGCGCAUGCCUUCAGUGAGACGGGGCAGAACAAGAGGAUCCCAUUCGAGGACCGCACGGGCGAGUGUCUGAAGAGGACCGGGGCCAGCGUGGCGCUCACGUCCAUCAGCAAUGUCACCGCGUUCUUCAUGGCGGCCCUCAUUCCCAUCCCUGCUUUGCGAGCCUUUUCUCUGCAGGCUGCAGUGGUUGUAGUGUUUAACUUCGCCAUGGUCCUGCUCAUCUUUCCCGCCAUCCUCAGCAUGGAUCUUUACCGACGAGAAGACAGACGCUUCGACAUUUUCUGUUGCUUCUACAGCCCGUGCGCCAACCGCGUGAUCCAGAUCGAGCCUCAGGCGUACCUGAGUGGAUCCGACGGGAGUCACUACAGUCCACCGCCAUCCUACUGCACGGGCCCCCCUUCAUACUGCACACCUCCCCCCGGCUACAGCAGCCCGCCGCCUUCCUACAGCAGCCACGGCUUCGCCCAGCAGACCCAGAUCACCAUGCAGUCCACCGUGCAGCUCAGGACCGAGUAUGACCCGCGCACGCAGGCUUUUUACACCACCGCCGAGCCCAGAUCGCAAAUCUCUGUGCAGCCCAUCAACACGCCUCAUAACAGGAGCAACCCUCAUAGUGACUAUUACAGCCACAACAACAAUAAUAAUAGCGGGAGGCGGAGUCACGUUGCAUCACGGCAUCAUCAUCCCGGUACUGUACCACAGGAGUCUGCUGCAGGAAGUAGCCAGAUCCCAGAGAAUAACAGCUCUACACGGGACCUGCUGUCUCAAUACGGGGAGGUCUCGCUGGGCAUAAGAUGCAUGGAGCCUCCCUGCACCCGCUGGACUCUGGCGUCUUUUGCCGAGAAGCACUACGCUCCGUUCCUUCUGCAGUCCACCACUAAGGUGGUGGUGAUCGCGCUUUUCCUCUGCUUGCUGGGAGUCAGUCUUUACGGGACCACCCAAGUGAGGGACGGCCUGGAGCUGACGGACAUUGUGCCGCGAGAAACCAGCGAAUACGAUUUUAUCGGCACCCAGUUCAAGUUCUUCUCCUUCUACAACAUGUACGUGGUGACGCAGCGGGCCGAUUACGCUCAGAACCAGCCUCUGCUGCACCAGCUGCACCACAGGUUCGGCACUGUCCGCUAUGUGCUCAAGGAGGACAACGGGCAGCUGCCCCCCAUGUGGCUUCACUACUUCAGGGACUGGCUGCAAGGUCUGCAGCAGGCAUUCGACAAGGACUGGGAGGCGGGCCGCAUCACUCUCAACAGCUACAAAGACGGCUCUGACGACGGCGUCCUGGCUUAUAAACUUCUGGUGCAAACAGGACGCAGAGACAAGCCCAUAAACUUCAACCUGCUGACCCGUCACAGGCUUGUGGACGCAGACGGGCUCAUCAACCCCGGGGCCUUCUACAUCUACCUGACAGCUUGGGUCAGCAAUGACCCGGUGGCAUACGCCGCGUCGCAAGCCAACAUCCGCCCGCACCCUCCUGAGUGGCUCCACGACCGCACCGACUCCAUGCCCGAGACGCGCCUCAGCAUCCCGGCCGCCGAGCCCAUCGAAUACGCACAGUUCCCCUUCUACCUCAACGGGCUCCGAGAGACGCCGCAAUUUGUGGAGGCCAUCGAGAGUGUGCGGGUCAUCUGCAGCAACUACAGCCGACAAGGCCUUCCCUCCUACCCCAACGGCUACCCGUUCCUCUUCUGGGAACAGUACGUUAGUCUGCGCCACUGGCUAAUGCUGUCCAUCAGCGUGGUGCUGGCCUGCACUUUUCUGGUCUGCGCCCUCUUCCUGCUCAACCCUUGGACAGCCGGCAUCAUUGUGCUGGUGCUGUCUCUCAUGACAGUGGAGCUGUUUGGCUUCAUGGGGCUGAUGGGAAUCAAAUUGAGUGCCGUCCCCGUGGUCAUUCUUAUUGCCUCUGUGGGCAUCGGGGUUGAGUUCACUGUCCAUGUGGCACUGGCCUUCCUGACAGCAAUAGGGGACCGUCACAAGCGGGCAGUGCUGGCACUGGAGCACAUGUUUGCACCGGUGCUCGACGGGGCUUUCUCUACGUUGUUGGGUGUUCUGAUGCUGGCAGGAUCGGAGUUUGACUUCAUCGUCCGGUAUUUCUUUGCAGUAUUGGCCAUCCUAACAGUGCUAGGGGUUCUGAACGGAUUGGUCCUUCUUCCAGUGUUGCUGUCCUACUUUGGGCCCUAUCCUGAGGUGUCUCCAGUGGAUGGACGCUGCAGGUUACCCACCCCCGACGCCCCCUCCCACGUGGUCCACUUCUCGGUCCGACCUCAGCCCACGGCGUCUGCCUCGAUCACCUCAGGCGCCGCCUCGGACUCCUCAGAUUCCGAGUACAGCUCCAACAGCAGCGCGUCGGGCGUCAGCCAGGAGCUGCAGAGCUACAACACGCCCUCUCAUAGAGGACAAGCGGGAGUGGAGCAGCAGCAGCAGUACCGCCUCCACACCAGCAGGAGCAGAAUAGGCAGGACAGAGGAGGAAAGGAGGGCAGGAUCAGGACACAGGCGCUCAGCCAGGCAGCCCGAGCCUGCAGCCUUUAGGAUGUCCUCGGGUUCUCAGGGUUGUAAUGCGCGGCCACCACCCAGCACCACUCAACGUAACAGGGACCCCAAGGGCCAGCCGUCCCGGCAUGCCCAACCCCCACCCCGCCCACGCACGGACGCUUUUGAAUCCUCCACAGAUGCCGGGGGCCACUUUGGCGCUCACAGCCACAGAGAACAUUCUGCGGGCCAUCGGGGGCGCCCCUCCACUCACCACCACCCCAACCCUUACGGCCAGCCCAUCACCACGGUGACGGCGUCAGCCUCCGUCACCGUCGCCGUCCACCCCCCCGCCGGCUCCUCUUACCCGGGAUACACUGCAACGGACAGUUACUGCCAGGAGGAGCCCUCCUUUCAGGACCCCCAUGUGCCUGCGGACCCCCGCACAGGUGAAACGGAGGUGGAGGCCAUGGAGCUCCAGGAUCUGGAGUUUGAGGAAACUGAAAGCAACAGAGGGAGGCGGGCCAGCUGAGUGACGCUGUGUGCGCAUGUCAUGGCCAAAGAUGGACUUUCUUCUCUGUAAAGCUAAGCCUGGCAUGGCUCGGUCCAGCCCGGUCCGCCUCUGGUCCUCAUCAGCCUCCAGUGUUCCCGUCAUGGUGCUCAUUGUUACUGUAACUCCAUGGUCGCUUGUCCUAAAUAUGUCUGUCUAUAUUUAAAAAGUUGUAUACAUAUGUACAUAUGGAAAAAAAAACAAAGUAACAGACUGGGGCUGCCAUAUUUGAUGGCGUGUGUGUGUGUAUGCGUGCAUGCUUGUGUGUGUGUGUGUGUGUGUGUGUGUGUGUGUGUGCGUGUGUGAUAGAGGUUUAUUUACUGUUCACUCCUCUGAAUCGAUGCCAAUUUGGAAGAUUCAUUAGGUCACUGCUCACAAUAUGUUGAUAACAUCGUACAAUUUGAACUAUGCAAUUGUAUAACGGAGUGGAAGGUGCGAGUGUGUUUGUGUGUAUAGAGUAACACAAUGUCUUUGAACGUACUAGGGAUGGGCACUAUAGGGGGGAAAAAUAUAUUUCAUUUUUUUAAAUAUUUACGCUCAUGGUGUUAUGACCUCCUAAAUCCGUGCCAGAGCAGAAUAGUGUGAGUUAAGCUCGACUUCCUCUAAUUUUUAACCCAAGUAACACGUCAAAUAGAAUUUGCCAGGCAAGUACCAUGUUUGUUUUUCCUCCCUCAGGGCAGUAAACAAUACUUUUUCAAUAAUUGUUUUUUAAAAAUAAUUUCUGCAUAUUUAAUUUGUACGGUUCUAAGAUUUUAAUUGGGUUUUUAUUAGAGUUGUCCGAUAGUAUCGGACUGCUGAUAUUAUCGGCCGAUAAAUGCUUUAAAAUGUGAUAUCGGAAAUUAUCGGCAUCGGUUUCAAAAAGUAAAAUGUAUGACUUUUUAAAACGCAGCUGCACGAAGUGGUACCCAAACGUAGGGAGAAAUACAGAGCGCCAAUAAACCUUAAAGGCACUGCCUUUGCGUGCCGGCCCAAUCACAUAAUAUCUACGGCUUUUCACACACACAAGUGAAUGCAAGGCAUACUUGGUCAACAGCCAUACAGGUCACACUGAGGGUUGCCGUAUAAACAACUUUAACACUGUUACAAAUAUGCGCCACACUGUGAACCCACACCAAACAAGAAUGACAAACACAUUUCGGAAGAACAUCCGCACCGUAACACAACAUAAACACAACAGAACAAAUACCCAGAACCCCUUGCAGCACUAACUCUUCCGGGACGCUACAAUAUACACCCUUCGCUACCCCCAACGCUCCCCCCAACUCAACCCCGCCCACCUCUACCUCCUCAUGCUCUCUCAGGGAGAGCAUGUCCCAAAUUCCAAGCUGCUGUUUUGAGGCAUGUUUAAAAAAAAAAAAUGCACUUUGUGACUUCAAUAAUAAAUAUGGCAGUGCCAUGUUGACAUUUUUUUCCAUAACUUGAGUCGAUUUAUUUUGGAAAACCUUGUUACAUUGUUUAAUGCAUCCAGCGGGGCAUCACAACAAAGUUAGGCAUAAUAAUGUGUUAAUUCCACGACUGUAUAUAUCGGUAUCGGUUGAUAUCGGAAUCGGUAGUUAAGAGUUGGACAAUAUCGGAUAUCGGCAAAAAAAACAUUAUCGGACAUCUGUAAUUUUAAGCCUAUGUCAUGUAUUAGUUUCACCUUGUAAAUCUGAUUGCGGGAAUAAACGUACCUCUGCAUAAUAUUCUAAUUGACUCACACCUGUACAUAACACCUGCGUACCACCAGUUUGAUAAGUGCAAGAACCAUGUUUGUUUUUGCUUCCGAAGGGCAGUUAAACAAUACUUUUUAUUAAUUGUAUUUUAAAUACAUUUUACAUUUUUUUCCCCCGAUAAUUUCUGCAUAUUUCAUGCGUAUAGUUCUAAGAUUAUAAAAGUUUUUUUUUGUAUUAAAUCCCCUGGUGACAUUCCUGCACUGCAAAAAGUCAGUGUUCUAAAACAAAACAAAAAAAAAAAGAGUUUUUUUUUAUUUGAACUAAGCAAAAUUAUCUGCCAAUAAAACAAGAAAAUUCGGCUUGUCAAGACUUUCCAAAACAAGUAAAAUUAGCUAACCUCAAUGAACCCAAAAAUACCUUAAAAUAAUUAUAUUCUCACUAAUAACAAGUGCACUUAUCUUGGUAGGAAAAAAAAUUAGGCCUUUUUGCUCAAUAUGUUGAAAAAUAUUCUUAAAUGAAGUACCGUAUUUUCCGCACUAUAAGGCGCACCGGAUUAUAAGGUGCACCUUCAAUGAAUGGCCUAUUUUAAAACUUUGUUCAUAUAUAAGGCGCACCACAUUAUAAUAAUUGUAAUUUUGUUUUCGAUAAUUUCUGCAUAUUUCAUGCGUAUAGUUCUGAGAUUAUAAUUGUUUUUUUUUAUUAAAUCCCUUGGUGACAUUCCUACACUGCAAAAAGUCAGUGUUCUAAAACAAGAAAAAAAAAAUACAAAAAUUAGGGGUAUUUUAUUUGAACUAAGCAGAAUUAUCUGCCAAUAGAACAAGAACAUUCGGCUUGUCAAGACUUUCCAAAACAAGUAAAAUUAGCUAACCUCAAUGAAGCCAAAAAUACCUUAAAAUAAGUAUAUUCUCACUAAUAACAAGUGCACUUUUCUUGGUAGGAAAAAAAUGAGACCUUUUUGCUCAAUAUGUUGAAAAAUAUUCUUAAAUUAAGUAAAUACUAGUGCCAUUAUCUUCACAUAAUGAUAUGCGCUCGGCAUCAUGAAUUUUUUUCUUUCAUGCUUGAAGUAAGAAAUUAUUACUUUAAAAAAGUCGUUUUAUACUUGUGAGUGUUGAUGACACAGCUUUGCAACAGUUGAUAUUCUAGUUUCAAGCAUGUUUUACUCAAUAUAAGUCAUCAAAUCUCAGCAACAAGCUGUAAUAUCUUACUGAGAUCAUUUAGGACCAAAACCCUUAAAACAAGUAAAACACUCUAACAUAAAAUCUGCUUAGUGAGAAGAAGUAUCUUAUCAGACAGAAAAUAAGCAAAUAUCACCCUUAUUUGAGAUAUUUAAUCUUACUUUAUGGCACUGCCAGUUCUUUUUAGGCUUAUUUCAAGGUGAAUCAACAGCGCCUCUACUGGUCACAGCUCGUACUGCACUCAAUUGCUUCAAUUGAUUGAAACUUGUAUUAGUAGAUUGCACAGUACAGUACAUAUUCCGUACAAUUGACCACUAAAUGGUAACACUCGAAUAAGUUUUUCGACCUGUUUAAGUCGGGGUCCACGUAAAUCAAUUCAUGGUAAAUCCCACAAACAAUUAAAGGAAUCCACCAGUGUGCUCAUCCCUAGAAGACAGAUCCGAACCAACUUUAAAGCUCAUUUAAAAACGAUGAGAGACAUUGUUAACUAGUGCGUGUGUGUAUGAAAAGGUGUGCAGGUAUGCAUGUUGAACCAUUAUCACAACCCUGUGGUAGUUUUGUAACAAUAACUGUUUUAACUCGACACGCUAUGCGUGCUAUUUAAGACGAGCAGAUACAAUAUGAAGACUUUUUCUCUUUUUUUUGUUGUUGUAAAGUUUGUUUUUCAAGUCACUGCCUCUGCAUUGGGAACCUGUUAGUGCACUCAGAGUCAUAUCAAUGUGUUUUUGUUUAACCGUAGCAGGCUUAAAGGUUUCAUCCACCUCAGAAACUUCUGGAACAGGGUCUAAAUAGUGGGACUUUGCGUCUAGCGGAUAAGCUAACGACAUACUGUACAAGUGGGCACUUGACUUCAUUUCAACUCAGUAGCUCUUUUUUUGUUUUGUUCCUCCUUCUCGCCAACCGAUAAGCUAGCCAGCCAAUAUAGCCUGCUAACGGCUAAACGCUACAUGACCAUACCGUCCUCCAUUUUUGUUUGUGUCUUUUUAGUUUUAGUGUGACGACAGUAUAAAAACAAGCUGCCCUUCGACAUAUUCUCCACAUGUUAGUGCUAACUGGACCCCCCCCCCCCUCUCCCCCCUGUAGACGUGAAUGUGUAGACGCCUCAUUGUUGCUAGGAUACGUAAACAUCUCCGCCAUAUUGGAUGGGGCAGAUCUGCAAGGAAAUGGACCAAACUUCACGAAUCGGGAGUCCACUGUGUUCUGUGCCAGCACUUCAUAGUACUACCGUAUUUUUCGGAGUAUAAGUCGCACCGGCCGAAAAUGCAUAAUAAAGAAGGAAAAAAACAUAUAUAAGUCGCACUAGAGCAGGGGUGUCCAAACUUUUUCCACUGAGGGCCGCACACGGAAAAAUUGAAGCAUGCGGGGCCCAUUUUGAUAUUUUUCAUUUUCAAACCAAAACAAAAUAUAUGGAUUCUUCCUUUUUUAACCUUUAGGGCUCCCGGGGACCAUAAAGGGUCUCAGUCAUUAAAACGUUAAAAAUAAGUCAAAUUAUUGUUAUUUUUUUUAAUUUAACGCUUACAGUAAAUCUUUAUAUCAACUUCAGGUUCAUAAAAAGUAAAAAAAAAAUUUUAAAAAAAGGUUUUAUGCCUUUUCUGUCAAAGACAAUUUUGUUUUUUAUAGUAAAAUUGGAAAUAUGCAGUAUUUAGUCAUUAGAGCUCUAAAAUAUCAAUAAUGCAGGACACCAUUGAUUUUAAUUCUUUAAUAUUUUUGAGUAAUCACAGUGAAAAUAUUAAUAAAAUCCCACUAAAUAUAUUUGGGAUCCAAAAGGUCCCCCACUCAUAAAGUGAUACAUUUUUAUUAGUUUUUUUUUUACUUUCAACACUUAAGUUACGAGAUCAACUUCAGAUAUAUCUGUCGAUUUUACGUUUGAACUAUUAUUUUGUUUGUUUUUAUACUUUUUUGUCAAAGAAAACUUUGAUGUUUUUAUAUGGCAACCACACAAUAUAUGCAAUAUUUUUUCCAACAUUUUAAAGUGACAUUUUUGAAGUAAUUGGAACCAUGAAUAUGUCAAUAAUUCAUUAUAACAUAGAUUUUUUGUCUUUUUUUUUUUUUUAACAAUGGCAAAAAAAAAGAUUAGAUGAGAUUUCACCUCAUUUCACUUUUUUAAAUGUUUAUUUUUAUUUUUGUAAUACUAUCAAUUUUGCAAUUUUUGCAGAAUGUGUGGCGGGCCGGUAAACAAUUAGCUGCGGGCCGCAAAUGGCCCCCGGGCCGCACUUUGGACACCCCUGCACUAGAGUAUAAGUCGCAUUUUUUGAGGAAAUGUAUUUGAUAAAACCCAACACCAAGAAUAGACAUUUGAAAGGCAAUUUAAAAUAAAUAAAGAAUAGUGAACAACAGGCUGAAUAAGUGUACGUUAUAUGAGGCAUAAAUAACCAAUUGAGAACGUGCCUGGUAUGUUAACGUAACAUAUUAUGGUAAGAGUCAUUCAAAUAACUAUAACAUAUAGAACAUGCUAUACGUUUACCAAACAAUCUGUCACUCCUAAUCGCUAAAUCCCAUGAAAUCUUAUACGUCUUGUCUCUUACGUGAAUGAGCGGAAUAAUAUUAUUUGAUAUUUUACGGUAAUGUGUUAAUAAUUUCACACAGAAGUCGCUCCUGAGUAUAAGUCGCACCCCCGGCCAAACUAUGAGAAAAACUGCGACUUAUAGUCCGAAAAAUACGGUAAUCAGUCAAUUAGCUUGGUAAAACCAUGUUCUGAUAGACAAACACAUUCAAAAGGUACGGUCGUGGUCAAAAGUUUACAUACACUUGUAAAGAACAUAACGUCAUGGC